AUUUCAAUGUCACCUCCAGACUUACUAUUACCUGGCCAACCAGUCCCGGUCACUGAGCCUCUCCCUCAUGUCGGAGAUGGCCUGUAUCUCAGAGACGGUAUCAUUCGGGCUGGUGUUAUGGGUACUCCCCAGCUGAUUGGUUCUUCAAUAUUAAUACAGAAGAGGAGACCACAUCCGCCUGCACCCAACUCCGUAGUUCUUGGAACAAUAACGCGUCUUUCUCCUCUUCAAGCUAUAAUCUCAAUUACCGUCGUUGACGGGAUGCCCUUGUCUCUUGGCGAAGAAUUUACAGGCGUAAUUCGUUCGCAAGAUGUGCGAGCGACUGAAAAGGACAAGGUCAAACUCGCUGACUGCUUUCGUGGAGGCGAUGUGGUAAAAGGCAUAGUUAUAUCACUGGGCGAUGCAAGAAGCUACUACAUCACUACAGCUCGAAAUGACCUCGGUGUCAUAUUUGCAACAAGCGAAGCAGGCGCUACGAUGGAGCCAUUAUCAUGGCAGGAGAUGCGCUGUCCCAAAACCAACAAAAUCGAAAAGCGGAAAUGUGCAAAGCCAGAAGGGCUAUAGAUAUAUCUUUCUCUGCACCAUCAUACUUCGCGAUGUAUUAUAGCGGCCCGCCCUUGUCUUCAGGCCGAACUUCUGUCGGGAGAAUACCACAAGUUUAUU